CUCGAGAGCACGUCUUCCGAUUCGAAGCCUCGAAAUGUCCUACACUGGUUCCGCAGCAAGGAUAUUCGCAUGCAGGAUAACAAAGCUCUGUGUGCGGCCUCACAAAAGGCAAAAGAGGGAUCCGGUACUCUGCUCAGCGUAUACUUGCACAGCCCACAUGACCUGGAAUGGCAUGGCACUUCGCCAUCACGGACAGAUUUCAUACUGGAGUCCCUCAGGCUUCUGCAGGAAGAGCUGAAAGGGAAGCAUGUCCCACUCGCGAUCUUGACAGCAGAGGAUCGAAGUCAGAAGACGGAUCGGAUUCUUUCCUUUGCAGAAGAGCACAAUGUUUCGCAUGUAUACGCCAAUUUCGAGUAUGAAGUUGAUGAGCUUCGGCGCGAUAUCGAUUGUGCCCAGAAGCUGAAAGACCAGAAGGUAGGCUUCGAGUUACACCACGAUCAGACUGUCGUCGUGCCUGGCCAAUUAUGCACAGGUGCAGGAGGUCCGAUGAAAGUCUUCACGCCAUAUCACAAAGCAUGGCUCGCAGAAACGAAGAAUGACCCGAGUCUGCUAGACCUCGCGGGAGAGAUUGACAGCAAUGAUGAAUCCGCAAAGAAAUCUUUCGCUCCGUUAUUCGACAAUACGAUUUCCGAACCAGCGCAAAAGAAACGAUUUUCUAGCUCCGAGGAGAAAGAAAGAGUCCGCAAAAUCUGGCCCGCAGGCCACGAAGCAGGAAUCUCCCGCCUGAAACACUUUUUCGAUACCAAGGUGUCUAACUAUGCGGCCCAUCGCUCCGAACCCGCCCUCGACCCUUCCUCGCGCCUCUCCGCCUACAUCUCGGCAGGCAUUAUCUCCGUCCGUGAAAUCCUUCAGUAUGCGAAAGAGGCCAACUCCAACUUGCACUUCGACUCGGGAGACAAAGGAAUAGGCUCCUGGGUCCGCGAAUUGGUAUUUCGAGAAUUCUAUCGUCAUAUGACCACUAUCACACCUCACGGAAACAUGAAUCUUCCGCAAAACCUCAAGUUCGAUUUUGUGCAGUGGGAGGAUGACGAGGAAGGCUAUCAAAAAUGGGAGCAAGGCCGGACCGGCAUGCCAUUCAUUGACGCAGGGAUGCGUCAACUCAAUCACGAAAAAUACAUGCACAACCGCCUCCGCAUGAACACGAGUUCUUAUCUUCGCGCGAACCUACUGAUCGAUUAUCGAAGAGGCGAGAGAUAUUUUGCCGAAACAUUGAUCGAUUGGGAUCUUUCGAAUAACACCCAAGGCUGGGAGCCGAGUUACACCGUGUUCAACCCGGUGGUGCAAGGGGAGAAGUGCGAUCCACGUGGAGAGUACAUUCGGAAGUGGGUGCCCGAGUUGAGAGAGGUGAAGGGAAAAGAUGUGUUCGAUCCACAUGCGAGGUUGAGCCAGGAGGAGUUUGCGAAGUUGGGCUAUCCGGCUCCGCACGUGGACUUUAGAGAGUCGAGUCAGAGGGCGAAGGAGAGGUAUAAGCAAGAUUUGGCAGAUGCGGAUCCUUAGCACUACUGCACCUAGUGUCCAUACAGUACGGUAAGGUCUAGUAGUAGUUCAUGACUUCCAGCGU